AGAACAAGUAUAUAAGCGAUAUAAGCGGUUAACCGGGAGAGAGAGAGCACGUCAUAACGGGAAAAUGAGUAAAAGUGGCGAGGAUACUAGAAUUUUUGUGAGAGAAAAUCGGAAAAGAAACAGACGGCAACGAAAGAGCGAUGAAAUGGUGUGGUACUGAAAUAGCACCUCAGUAUCGAACAUGCUAAGUCAGAGGAUAUUGUGGUUGCUACCGCUGCUGGCACGAACUGUUCGCUGUCGCCAUCGCCGUGGACAGAAGACCGUCAGAAAAAGUGUUGUAUAAUCAUUCACGGACAGCGUGGUGCGUACUUCCAGAAGAAAGAUCCAUCGGUGCUUACUACUCAUCUAUUCCGGAAAGCCGGUCAUGCCGGUAUCGUUUUUCACUAGGACUAUCGAACAAUCUUAGUUUUUUUUUUUAAAUUUCUAAAUGUUCGAUCACGAAUCCGGAAUUUAGUGCUUAUAGGUUUUGCUAGGUACCAGCAGUCGUGCACUAUCUCUAUCGAACAAUAAAAAUAUAGUGUAACCUUUACUGACUCUAGCCACAGGCUUUUAAUCCAAUUCGAAUUUAUAAUAAAAUAUAUUAUCAACGAGUUCAGUCGACUGUGUGGAGAGCGAUAGAAAACAACAAUACAGUGUGGUUUAAGUAUGUAUGGCACGUAUCAGCAGGAAGAGGUUGGAAGUAGAACAUUCUAUACUGCAUUGAUUAUCGUGGAUAUCUGUUAGAAAAAAAUGUGUUAAUCGAUUGUGAAAAACUCCGAUCUCCUGUCAGCUAUCGGAAGACUUGUUAAUACGGGAGACGGUGCGAGUAAGAGCGCAGCUUUUGGAGCACGAGAUUGCAGUUUUCUAAAUUACAUAACACAGCUGAUUGUGUCGAGAUAGAGCAAAAAAGGGAAAGAACCACAAAUAUCUUCAAUGGUUAACCCUGUAUCUAUGUGAUCGACACACCGGAUCAGUCAGCUAGGGUUUUAUCGAGUAAUUUCAAAGCCGGUGAAUCACCGAAGCAUAGUUGGGCUGAAGAAAAGAACGAAAUCGCCCUUCAGUGGCCCUGUGUGCAAAUUCUUGUGGGGAGAGUGUAGUUUUUGGCAAUGUGUUUUACAAAUAGAUAUUAGAGUACAUAUAGCAUAGCCGACAUCAUCAGAGGCACGUGAGUCUCGUAGUCUCAUUUAUAGAGUCGCACGCCGUACUGUAGCGGUAGAGGCAACAACGACGGUUAUGCAACAGCACCUACGACGACGGAUGGCGAUGAUUAUAGGAGUGUACGUUGGCUUCUACCGCUAGUUUACGAGCAAAUGUCUGCAUACACGUUAAAAUAACAGUGUAUCUCAAAGUUGUGCCCUUGCUGAACCAAAGCAUCUCACAAUCUGCUUAUAUGUUUACAGAGAAAACAGUUUGUAUAUUUUUGUGUGCAUACGAUUGACUAAGUGAAGCAAAAAAAAAGUUUCGAAAAACCUUUAAACGUUCUUCUGCGCUAAAGGGAGCCGCCAGUGAGCAGGUUAAAGUUUCUAGUUCAUUCCAACGUUCGCGACGGCAGCAUCCGUUGGAGUAGCUGCAACGACAACGUCUGUAUCCGCAGCCCAAGCCCCCUUGGUCCACACUCAAUGGCGAAGGGUGCCAGGAAAAAGACGAAAUGGGUGUCCCUGUCGUUAGCCAGCGCAACGGCAACAACGGCUCCACCAGCAACCAACGACAACGAUGCCGAUGAAAAACUCAAAUCAUCUCGAGGGAGAAAAACAUACACGGCAGUUGUCAGGUCGGACAGCACUCGAAAUUACUUCACUGUCGGCGCAUCGAACUCGUACAGCAACGGUGCUCCUAACGAGGAGACACCAACUGAGAAUGGAGCGAACGUAAGCAUCGAUCGUGAAAGGCCAACUGGCGAGAACCGUAAUAGCUCUCCCAACUCGAAUAGUCGACUUCCCUACUCUUCGCACAGGAAUCAUAUGCGCUAUUCCAAAAAUCACUUCAGUAGCCAUAACAGCCACUACCAUCACAAUAGUAGUAGUAACUCCAAUGGAAAGUCCUACUACAGCCACCAUAACGGAGGUGGCCCCUAUAGCAAUAGAAGUAGUGCAUACUCCACCCACUAUACUGCCGAAAGCAAGAACGAACAAAACGAAACCGUCACCAUAAACGAAGAAGAAUACACGAAAAUAACCACCCCCCGGCAGGAUGUCCUGUUCAAGAAGGGCUACCUGUCGCGACCGAAAAGACACACAUCGACAGCGAACGAUAGUGGUGCUCUAAGUUCCUCCAUGAACGGUAGCACUCCAACCGAUGGCAGUGAUACCGCUACCGGCAGUGGAAGCGUUUCUACCGCCGAAUCAGUCAUGUCAGAUGCGACUUAUCUGACCGAAGGUCACUUUCUAGAGUAUCCUACGCCGUACUUUGGCUAUUUCGACCCGAGUGGUGUGCUUGUGAUGAAUGGAUUCGCCGUUGAUAACAACGGAUUUUCGUACAUGAACGGAGGUCAAACUUAUAUCUAUCCCCCGAAUUACAACUGCCAGACAUCCGCCGUAUUCGACCAGGAGGAUCAAACUGAACUAGGGCACGUGGAAGACUUUCCAAGUGGCAAUCAGAUCCAGAUGCCAGAUGUGGCCGACACCAUCGAAGAAGAUCCUGAUCAAAGUGCAAUCAACCAGUCCGCAACCGGUGCUGCGGAGGACAGCGAACACAGUAUGUGUGCUGCAUAUCCUUCGCCGGUGGAAACUGCCAGUGAUAAUGCCGGUGCAAUUUGCAACGGCUACGCAGCCGCAGAACAACAGCCUCUCGAAGAAGAAGAGGAAGCAUCACUCGACGACGCUGAAUUGGAUCAUCUUGUCCCGCAGCAACCGCUUCUAUCGCCUUACGUAAACGCUUAUGAUUAUGCUCAAUUUUAUAACACCUUUUACUAUCCCGGCUGUGUAAUGGCUCCGUUCCCGGUUGUCGAAGAUGUUUAUUACAAUCAAGUUGGGUACUUGAGUGAAGAGGAAUAUUCGAAACAGUUUAGCUUUAAAAAACGCAAGAAGUGGUACAGAGGUUGGGAGGAGUACCCCAUGGAAAUUCACGCGGAAGUGCUACCGGAAGAGGUUGUUUCAGCAGAUCAACAAGAGUUCACAACGUCCGAAGUACCCGCCGCGGAACCUAUUUCCGAUAACAAUAACCAAACUCAACUGCUUCCCAAUCAAUUACCCACUUUCGAGAAUGGCCCACCAACUCCCACACCGUCUGCACAAACAGCACCAAACGCGCCAGUAGCUCAGAAAUCCGACAACAUCAUCCGAUCUCAACCGGCGAAUUCAGCCACUAGGAAGACGCAGAAAGCGCACCGCAAGAAGGACCUCAUCGAAUCUACACUGGCAUUUGCCGAACAAAAUAUCGACCUCACCAAGAGGGCAAGCAUGGUGGCUCCACAGCAAACCCCCGACAGCGCCAACGUAUGGCGGACCGUACGAAACGGUAAAGAAAUUGUGGAGGAAGAUCGUGAAUUGCGCUAUAUUGACACUCGUGCCAUGACCAAGAUGGAAGCCAUCCGCGAGGAACUAUCGGAAACAUCAUGUUCCAGUGAAAACACAAGUCUGACGCAACAAUCGGAAGCAUCAAAUUUAUCGGGUGUUAGCGUCAAUUCUGCGACGAGACAAGUUAAGAAAGAAGAGCGGAUCUCGAAAAAGGGGAAAAAGACUGCCAAAAGCAAGGGAAAGAAGCAGAAGCGGGGUAACCUCGGGCAGCAACAGAUGGGUUUUGAGGUAAUAGAGCCGGAGUUUGUAGUUUCUGUGACGAGCUUCGAGCGGGUGAUAGAAGAUGUAGACGAGGAUGGAGAGGAUUUGUCAGAAUCACAUUCGCUCCAGCACAAUGCGUCUCAGCAACAGUCUAUCGGGGACUUGCAAGAAGAAUUAGAAACUAUAUCACUUGAGCAAAGUGAGCCGCAGUGCGACUCCAUCCAGGAAGCUGUCGAACAGGUGCUUAAAAAUUCCGAAAAAACGUUUACUGCUGAAAUGUUACAAAAUCGAAACGAUUAUAGGGCUGUGCUGGAACUAGAACAGGAGCUGAAAAAUGUUCAAUUUGAGGAUCUCCGCGGGGAUGAAGUCUGCGAUAUUCUUGCAGGUAAUGUUCAGCACAGUUUAAAUGUGGAUACCGUUGAUAGUGAUGGUGCUUGUCCUACAAACACUGAGGAAAGCAACUCUUAUGGAGAGUUGCCACAAGACACCCAAGAACAGAGUGAUACAUUAUUGACUGAGGAACCUUCUAACGAAGAGCAGGCGAAAUCAAAUUGCGUUACGUUGUCCGAGUCAGAAAAAAGCGAUUUAGCCGCAGGCUUUCCCGUCGCCGAAAAUUCGACAUGUCUAACCUCAGCGUCUAGCAAGCAGGAAUCACACUGUCUAGCAUUGAAACCGGAAGAGGAAGACAAUGAUUGCAAGCAUUUCAGUGAUAAGGAGUAUACGGAAGAUUACGAUUCCGGCGUGCAGAGUCCGGCAGUUUGUGUCGCAUCAACCGGUAGCUUUGGAGCGGAAGAACGAAAAUCCUCAGCCAGCAGUUCCUAUAACGAUAAUGAUCCAAACAAUCUAACCGAAGUGGUGACCAGUUGGCUUUCGGAAACACUGCGCAGCAAACGGCUGGAUGAAAUGUUCGUCCUGCCUGAUGAUCCCACACUAUUGGGCCGAAUCCGACAGUUUGCUGCUGCAGGCUUCGAUGACAUACUAGCCUUGUCUUCCGAUACGUUCAGCAGCAGUGGUGAGGAUGCCGAAGACGCAGACAGUGACUAUAUGAGUGAUGUGCAAGUUAGAAACCGUCUUAUCGAUGAUCAGGUGCUCCAGCACACUAGUCAAAAGACAGAUAAUGAGAAGCUUCUUGAUAAACAGACUGAGAAUGGCCACCUCCUCCAAGAGGCGAUCGGCGGAGGUCAUUCUAAUCCUAAGCAAAAACGUUGUAUUAUUAUGUAAAGACACGUAGGAGAUGCGAUCCUAAAUUCAUUGUUACUUAAUAUGAAACAAAACUAAAAUUAAAAAAAAAACUCGCGCAAAAAAUAACCAAAAAAGUCAUGCAUCCUUAAUCUACUUACGAAAUAUAAUAACACAUUACACUUAUUACUAAACUACAUCAAGUGCCGUUCUGUUUUUGUUUGUAAUUUUUGCAUUCACUUGGAUUUGACUGUGAACAAGCAAAACCGAAAUAAAUAUCGAAAAAUUGAAGUUGAA